CUGCCAUCCUUUUUUUCUGUCCUUUUUUAUUUUUCUUCGCGUACUGUGGAUAUUUUUGGUCCAAAUGACCGCAUUUGUGGAAAACAAAGAUACCGAGGCUAUAUACCGAAAGAGAAGACGGCAUGUGAGAAGGCUGCAGCCUUGUCCCUUCAAAGAUACCGCUGUAGGGACUAGUAUCGCCUCGCAAAGAAACGAAGAUCAUGUCAAAAACUUUAAUAGAGAGAAAGCGCCCAGUUCAUGUCCCGGAACCGAUGCUCCAUCCUGACGCUCCCUCCUUCCUCCUCCCCCUCCCUCCAUCUCCACCUUCAGGAGCGUAUGUCUCUGUGAAAACAUCUUGCGUAACUUCCUCCCAACCUCAUUCACCUUCAGGCGCAAAUAUGGUAUGUGUACUGUGAAACAUUUUGGGACAAAGGGUAGCUUGGUGCGUUCGCUUCAAUCAACCCUCAGUUUUCGUUCGCCUUAUUCGUCAAUCAAUCUCUCGAU